AUGCUAGGACCCGGAGCAGAGGAGAUGGUCCAAGUGCCACUUUCUGACGACACUAUCAGGAGACGAAUUGAUGACAUGUCGGGUGACAUAGGAGCAACAUUGGUAGAGAAAUUACGAGUAGCUGGAAAAUUUGAAUUUCAAGUUGAUGAAUCAACAGACAUCGGAAGCUGUGCACAACUCAUAGCCAUUGUGCGCUUUGAUGAUGAGGGACGCAUUGAAAGUCAUUAUCGUUUCUGCAAAGAACUUUCUCCACGUGCAACCGGUGAUGAGAUAUUCCGCGUCAAAUAUGAAUAUCUGAAAAGCAACGGGAUCCUUUGGCAAAAUUGCACAAGUGUUCGCACCGAAGGAGCUGCUGCAAUGACAGGACCUAUCAUAGGGUUCCUGUCGAAUAUAAAAAAUCGACAAGGAGAGAAUUUGGUUAUAUGUGUGAUGGACAAGCUAAACGGAUUCAAAUUAAAAAUUCAGCUGUGGAGAGAAGAAGUAGAUCGUAGUCAUUGGACAUGUGCAAACGGACCAUCAACAUAG